AUGGAAGGAGAACUGAGUGUUGCUCUCGACAGUGAUUACGAUUAUGAUGCUGCAAGGAAUACCUCCGCGGAGGAGGCGAUCGGGAAGGGGGCAGUUAAGGGUGAAACUUUCAAUUACUCUGAUUUCCUCUUCCCUAAAUCCAAGUCAAAACCCGUAAGUACAACCCCAUCUUUCUCUUCCACAUCGACGUUGGCCCGGGAAAUCGUGGGUGAAAUUACUGCUGUAGAAAGUGGGAGGAAGUCUCUGCAGUAUUUGGGAUUGGAUGGAGAAAAAAGCUCUGUUGAUUUUGAUGAAAAAGAUUUUGAACUCGAGUUACUAAUAUGGAAAAUGGAAUGCGGUGAAGUUUUGGUGAUUGAUUGUGGUGUGAUAUUUGCCAUGAUGGCAGCUUCCUUUUUGCUCUUGUCGAGGUAUGCCAGUGCAACUCCUAUGCCACAUUCUGUUCUUAGCCGAGGAGUUGGUUGGCAGGGUGUUGGUAUAUUGUUCUGUGGAAUAUUUGGAACUGGAAUUGGAUCUUCAGUGGCUGUAGAAAAUGCUGGUUUGCUGGCGCUAACACAUGUUGGAAGCCGGAGAGUAGUGCAAAUCUCAGCCGGUUUCAUGAUAUUUUUCUCGAUACUAGGCAAAUUUGGAGGUCUCUUUGCUUCAAUUCCAUCCCCAAUUGUUGCAGCUAUGUAUUGCCUGUUAUUUGCGUAUGUCGGUAUGUAA